AUGGAAGGUAAAGAUUAAAUAAAAUUAAUAAAGGGAGCAGCUGUAAUAAUGUUAAAAUGGUAGAUAUCUAAUAAAACUAUUUAACUAUACUAAAUUUAAUAAUAAUUAUUGUCAUGACUUAACCUAAGUUGAUAUUAAAAAACUAUAAUAUAAACUCUUUCAAGUAUUAGUUACCAGUAAUACUAAAGGUAUUAUACAAUAAGACAUCAAAUAUGCAAGCAUUUUUAUUAUUGAUGAUCAAGUUCAAAUUAUAGAGAUUAUGGAGUGAAUCAUUUCUAUUUUUAUAAGAAAGAAGAUUGAAUUAAGAGAACCAUUCAUCAUAAAGACCCGAAAAAUAAUUAAUUCAAUAUAAAUAUUUUGACUAAAAUAAUAUGUUUGGACUCUAAUCUCUAUUUUUCCCUUAGCAAUUUUUUAAAAUAUUAAUUUUCUAAUGGCAGAAACAAUGA